AUGACGAGAAAUCCAUUCAUGGUGGAACCCUCGAAUGGGUCGCCUAACAGACGUGGUGCUUCAAACCUCUCAAAGUUUUAUGCGAGCGCUAACAGUAACUCUCGGUGGGCCAACCCGAGUGAGGAGAGUUUGGAGGAUGGUUAUGACCAAUCGAACGUUUUCCAAGGCCUUCCGGCAUCUCCUUCUAGAGCUGCGUUAAGAUACUCCCCAGAUCGUCGUCAUAGAACUCAAUUUUAUCGCGAUAGUGCACACAACUCCCCUGUUGCUCCUAACAGGUAUGCUGCUAAUCUACAAGAGUCUCCCAAAAGAGCAGGCGAAGCUGUUAUACAUCUGAGUGAGGGCAGUAACCUUUACGCUCACGGUAAUGCCGAUAUACCGGUAGAUCCCUACCACCUAUCACCUCAGCAGCAACCUAGUAACAAUCUGUUUGGGAGUGGCAGGUUAUAUUCUCAAAGCUCGAAAUACACGAUGUCUACUACUUCCACAACGGCACCCUCUCUCGCAGAAGCAGACGAUGAAAAGGAAAAAUACCUCACUUCGACCACUUCUUAUGAUGAUCAGUCUACAAUCUUCUCUGCAGACACUUUCAAUGAAACUAAGUUCGAACUGAACCAUCCGACGAGACAGCAGUAUGUAAGACGUGCCAAUUCUGAGAGCAAAAGAAGAAUGGUCUCAGACUUGCCUCCCCCAAGCAAGAAAAAGGCACUACUGAAACUAGACAACCCUAUACCAAGAGGUUUGUUAGAUACUUUGCCUCGGAGAAAUUCUCCUGAGUUUACGGAAAUGAGAUACACAGCUUGCACUGUGGAACCUGACGAUUUUCUGAGAGAAGGCUACACUUUAAGAUUUGCCGAGAUGAACAGAGAAUGUCAAAUCGCCAUUUGUAUUACUAUGUACAAUGAAGAUAAAUAUUCGCUGGCAAGAACUAUCCAUUCCAUCAUGAAAAAUGUUGCUCAUCUUUGCAAGCGUGAAAAAUCCCAUGUCUGGGGCCCCAACGGCUGGAAAAAGGUCUCUGUUAUUUUGAUUAGUGACGGUAGAGCAAAAGUCAACCAGGGAUCUCUUGACUACUUAGCUGCUCUGGGUGUUUACCAAGAAGAUAUGGCCAAGGCUUCUGUCAAUGGUGAUCCGGUCAAGGCGCACAUUUUUGAAUUGACGACUCAGGUUUCUAUCAAUGCCGACCUGGAUUACGUCUCAAAGGACAUUGUCCCCGUGCAAUUAGUCUUUUGUCUAAAGGAAGAAAACAAGAAAAAGAUUAAUUCCCAUCGUUGGCUGUUCAAUGCAUUUUGUCCUGUCUUGCAACCUACUGUCGUUACUUUGGUUGAUGUUGGUACACGUUUGAACAAUACAGCAAUUUACAGAUUAUGGAAGGUUUUUGAUAUGGAUUCAAACGUGGCCGGCGCUGCAGGUCAGAUUAAGACUAUGAAGGGAAAGUGGGGAUUGAAGCUUUUCAAUCCAUUAGUUGCAUCGCAAAAUUUCGAAUAUAAGAUUUCGAAUAUUUUAGAUAAACCAUUAGAAAGUGUUUUCGGUUAUAUCUCUGUUCUUCCUGGUGCCCUAUCCGCAUAUAGAUAUAGAGCCUUGAAAAACCAUGAAGAUGGAACUGGUCCUCUUAGAUCGUAUUUUCUUGGUGAAACUCAAGAGGGCAGAGACCAUGACGUCUUCACUGCAAACAUGUACUUGGCUGAAGACAGAAUUCUUUGUUGGGAAUUGGUCGCCAAACGAGAUGCAAAAUGGGUUCUAAAAUAUGUUAAGGAAGCCACUGGUGAAACGGAUGUCCCUGAAGACGUUUCCGAAUUUAUUUCCCAAAGAAGACGUUGGUUGAAUGGUGCAAUGUUUGCUGCAAUUUAUGCCCAAUUACAUUUCUAUCAAAUUUGGAAAACUAAACAUUCUGUCGUGCGCAAGUUCUUCCUGCAUGUUGAGUUUCUUUACCAAUUUGUUCAAAUGCUUUUUUCCUGGUUUUCUAUCGCAAAUUUUGUCCUUACCUUUUACUAUUUGGCAGGAUCAAUGAAUUUGGUUAUUAAACAUGGUGAGGCCUUAUUCAUUUUUUUCAAAUAUUUGAUCUUUUGUGACUUGGCAAGUUUAUUCAUUAUUUCCAUGGGUAAUAGACCUCAGGGCGCGAAACAUUUAUUCAUUACUUCCAUGGUUAUACUAUCUAUAUGCGCCACAUAUUCUCUGAUUUGCGGGUUUGUUUUUGCUUUCAAGUCAUUGGCUUCUGGAACAGAAUCACACAAGAUAUUUGUCGACAUCGUUAUUUCAUUACUCUCCACCUAUGGCCUCUACUUUUUCUCAUCACUAAUGUACCUAGAUCCUUGGCACAUGUUUACAUCAUCUAUACAGUAUUUUUUGACACUUCCCGCCUUUACAUGUACCCUACAGAUUUUUGCCUUUUGUAACACGCACGACGUUUCUUGGGGUACUAAAGGAUCCACACAGGAAUCAAAGCAAUUAUCCAAGGCCAUUGUUGUUCAAGGACCAGAUGGGAAACAGAUUGUGGAAACAGACUGGCCUCAGGAAGUCGAUAAGAAGUUUUUAGAAAUAAAAAGCCGCUUGAAGGAACCGGAAUUUGAAGAAUCAAGCGGAAAUGAAAAGCAAUCCAAGAAUGACUAUUAUAGAGAUAUAAGAACCAGAAUUGUGAUGAUUUGGAUGCUGUCAAAUCUCAUACUGAUUAUGUCUAUUAUUCAAGUCUUCACUCCACAAGAUACUGACAAUGGUUAUUUGAUCUUUAUUUUAUGGUCUGUGGCUGCUUUAGCUGCCUUUAGAGUGGUUGGUUCUAUGGCCUUCUUGUUCAUGAAAUAUUUGCGCAUAAUAGUAAGCUACAGAAAUAAAGUGGAAGGCAGCGGCUCUUGGGAAGUUUCCAAAUUAGACUUAUCAAACGUUUUCCACAAAAAGGGCUAG